AUGUCGUUGAUAACAACCGCUUUCUUCAUCCUUAUUGAGAAGCCGGGACAGCAAACAUGGGGAAUCUCCCGUCCCAUGGCGAUGGAUGAUGUGCCAUGCAAAACUGGGACGGUUCUGGAAGCUUCUACUUCAAAUCCAACUCGCGUUGGAUUCAUUGCACAUACCUACCCAGUAUUGAAAAGCCGAGGGGUCAUCAUCAUGAGUGAAUCUCCGACCGCAGAACAAAACGACGUACCGAAGGAUGCAAAGGAAGUUGAAAAGUUGGAGGAAGCGAAACUUAAGGCAAAGUUUCCCAAUGCAAUGCUCGGCAGAGGUCCUGGAGGUCACUCGGCUUUCCUGCAAAAGAGACUUGCUAAGGGUCAAAAGUUUUUUGACUCCGGUGACUACCAAAUGGCGAAGCAACGUCCCAGCAACCUGGCCGCUCCAUUCAAAGCCCCGGCUGCUCCCAAGCUGCCUACAGGCGAUGCUAUUCCCACACCCGACACCGUGCCAUUAAGGAAGACUUCCAUCAUACAACCCAAGUUCCAACCAUCAAGCCAGACCUCUUAG